AUGACCGACUCAUCUAGAACCAUUAAUCAUAAACUCAAUGAAAUAUUGAGUAAAUAUUCAACAUCAAAAACUAAAUUACCAACAUCAACUGCAUUAAAUUAUGCUUCAACAUUAAGAACAAACAUAAUGGGUAAAGAUAAACAAGAGAAAGUUAAUCUGAUUGUUGUUAUGGCUAAAUUAUUAGAUUGUAUUAUUGGUACUGAUGCUGCUUCAAAUCAAUUUGUUACAAUAUUAGAUGUUGAUUUAUUUAAAACUUUAUUAUCUAUAAUAAGUGUUAAUAUGUCAAUAGAAACUUAUAAAGCUAUUCUUAAGAUUAUGGUAUUUGCUAUAAGUGGUACUGUUUAUGAAGUUAAUAAAGAUGAAUCAUUACUGAAAUAUUUACCCAUUUAUUAUUCAUUAAUUGAAUAUUUAGAUGUUAUUGAUGUUUUUACCAUUAAAGUUUAUUCACCUGAUUAUAAAGUUACUUUAAGUACAAUUAAAUUAAUUAAUGAUUUAAUUAAUAAAGCUUUAAAGUUUAAAUAUCAAGGGAUUAUAACAAUAUUAGCUAAAUUAAAACAAGCUAAUUUCUUUAAUAUGGUUAAUAGUUUAUUAUUUGAAAUUGAUGAUAAAUCUAUAUUAAUUGCUAUUGAAAAUUUGAAAACCAGUUAUUAUAAUAUUACUAUGUAUUUACUGGAUUUAACUUUUGAUUUAACUCAUGAUUCUCAUGAACAUUUAUUAAAUGGUUUAUUUGAUAUUUUACAAGUUUCCCUUAAUGAAUAUGGUACUCCUGCUACAAUUGAAGAAUUUAUUCAAACUGGGUUUUCCGAUAAUCCAAAACAAUUCAUUCUUGAUAAUUUUACAAUCUUAUUAGCAAUGAAUCUUCAAAUAUUCUUAAAAGAUCCAAAUUUCACCUUUAAGAAAAGAUUCCAUGAAGAAUUAAUGAUGAGUGAACACAAAAGAACUUUCCCAUUUUAUUUAUUCUUAGUCAAAGCUACUGCUAUGUGGUUAGAUGUCAUUCAACAACCAAAUAAAUACCCCAAUAUUUAUAAAUCAAUCCUUACUUGGGAAGUGAUGAUUUAUUAUACCAUGAAUAAUUGUUUAAUUUUAUGGCAAGAAACUCUUGCCCAAUUAGAAAACAGUUUAGAUAUUGAUAAAAUCUUCCAACUCCUUUAUUCCGACUUGGAUUCAAUCGAAUCGGAAUUAUCAACCUCAUCAAUCCUCGGAGGAAGCAUGCAUCAAUCAAUUGAAGAAUGUUUAGACAUCACAUCAAAACUGGCAGAAGGUAUGAGACACACCCAAGCUACCAAUCUCUACACCAAACAAACUUCCUUAUGGAAUUCCAAAUUCACCGCAUUUAAUAAAAACCUCGCUAAAGAAGUUCUUGAUUUCGUCGCCGAACAAAGAGUCGCCCAAUUAUUAAAAGGAUCUUGGGUAUAUACCGACACUUAUGGAGAAUCAAUCUUCCGAGUCAAAGAAUCCACCAAGAAAUCCAAUACCACCACUUCCAGUUUAUCUAAAUAUUAUUUCAUAACCCUUUCUCCUAAUCGUCAAUACGUCUAUUAUAAAGAUUUCAUGGCCCGCACAACUACAAAUCCAACAUUUGCCGAAAUGGAAGAACGAGGCAUCCGAAUCGCCGACAUCAAAGAUCUCAAAUCAGCCAAAGUCGGGGAUUUUAUCGGGGAGGCCGAAAAACGAAAAUCAUCAAAAUUGAUCUCGAUCAAGGGAACAAUCUCAUACGAAAGGAUUUCAUUCAUGAACCUGGCGGGAAAACCAUUAUUAUCAUUCUAUACUGAUUCCGAAGUGAAUAAAUAUGUUUGGUUGGAUGGGUUGAUGAUGUUGAUGGGCCGGAUUCGGACGGGGGAACAAUUGUCGACGGAGACGGCGAAGCAGAUUGAUUCGUUGGUGGAUAUUAGAAGACGGACUCAGUUGUUGGCGUUGGAAUAUGAUGGGAAUGAGGUGCAUGAUAAAGAUGGUAGUGUGUUGCCUGAGCCGGAGCAGGAGCAACAGCAACAACAGGAGCAGGAACAACAAGGGGAGGAAGGUAAGAAAGUGGAGGAAUAUGAGGAUGAGGAUGAAUUAUAUGAUUUGGAUGAGUUACUGAAUGUUACAAGAGAUUUUGUAUAUGUUAGUGCUACUUCUUAG